AUGGUUACUGAAUUCAAGGAAAACACUGUGAUCACAGUUUUUGGUGCAUCUGGUGAUUUAUCAAAGAAAAAGACAUUUCCGGCUUUGUUUGGGCUAUUCCGUGAAGGUUAUUUGAGUCCUACUACUAAAAUUAUUGGGUAUGCUCGUUCUAAAUUGAGCAACGAAGACUUGAGAGAGAAAGUCAAACCAUUCUUAAAAAAGCCUAACGGGGCACAGGAUGAUUCCAAGGUGGAAAGAUUUCUUUCCAUGGUCUCUUAUAUGUCAGGCCCUUAUGAUUCUAAAGAAGGAUAUCUGGAAUUAAAGGAACACAUUGAGGAAUUUGAAACCAAAAACAACGUGAAAGAGCCUCACAGAUUAUUCUAUUUGGCAUUACCCCCCAGUGUUUUUAUCAAUGUAUGCCAAAUGUUGAAAGAAAACGUGUACACCAAAAGUGGUGUACAGAGAGUUAUUGUGGAAAAACCAUUUGGUCAUGAUUUAGAUUCUGCCCGUGAUCUUCAAAAAAAGCUUGCACCUCUAUUCUCUGAAGAAGAGCUAUUCAGAAUUGAUCAUUAUUUAGGCAAAGAAAUGGUGAAGAAUUUAUUGCUAGUUAGAUUUGGUAAUACUUUCUUGAACGCAGCUUGGAAUAAAGAAAAUAUUCAGUCUAUUCAAGUCACUUUUAAGGAACCAUUUGGUACAGAAGGCCGCGGUGGUUAUUUCGAUUCUAUAGGAAUUAUUAGAGAUGUGAUGCAAAAUCACUUACUUCAGGUCUUGACUUUGUUAACUAUGGAAAGACCGGUCUCUUUUGAUCCAGAAUCUGUACGUGAUGAAAAGGUUAAGGUUCUUAAGGCAUUUGAACCAAUUGAUCACAACGAUAUCUUAAUUGGCCAAUACGGUAAAUCCAUUGAUGGCAAAAAACCUGCUUAUUUGGAUGAUGAAACUGUUAAGGAAGGUUCAAAGUGUGUAACAUUUGCAGCAAUUGGCUUCAAAAUCGCAAAUGAGCGCUGGGAUGGAGUUCCGAUUGUAAUGAGGGCAGGUAAAGCAUUAAAUGAGGGUAAAGUUGAAAUCAGAAUUCAAUUCAAAAGGGUUCCAUCUGGGAUGUUUAAGGAUAUCCCUAAUAAUGAAUUGGUGAUCAGGAUUCAACCAAAUGAAGCAAUAUAUCUUAAGUGCAACGCCAAGACCCCUGGAUUAGCGAAUGAAAACCAAAUCACAGAAUUAGAUUUGACUUAUUCCGAAAGAUAUAAGAAUUACUGGAUCCCUGAGGCAUAUGAGUCGUUGAUAAGGGAUGCUUUGUUAGGAGAUCAUUCAAAUUUCGUUAGAGACGAUGAGUUAGAAGUUAGUUGGAAACUAUUCACACCCUUACUCAACUAUCUAGAAGGACCAGAUGCACCACAACCUAUUAUCUACCCAUACGGUUCGAGAAGUCCAGAUGGCUUGGUAGACUUUUUAGCAAAACACGGUUAUACCUUUGCUAAACCAGGAGCAUAUCAAUGGCCGGUCGCUUCUCCUAAAAUGUAA